AACAGCCAAGUAUGGAGAUCUUCGGUUACCACAAGGGCCUGAAGAGGUGGAUCGAAAUCGGUAACUCCGGCAUGUUCCGACCCGAGAUGCUGGAGCCCAUGGGAUUGCCCAAGGACAUGCGUGUCUACGGUUUUGGUCUGUCCCUCGAGCGCCCCACAAUGAUGAAGUACGGUGUAUCGAACAUCCGUGAGCUUCUUGGGCACAAGGUCGAUCUCAGCUGGAUCAAGGAGCAGCCGGCUGUUCGUUUCGACAAGGAGUAGAAGAGGAAGGACGAAUCAGCAACGUAGAAAAUAUCUGGAUGACUGACAUGAUAGAAAUAUACCAAGCCGAUGUUGCUGUUGGAUGCGGCACGUCUGACCAUUUCCUGUCCCUGACCCACUUGGCAUUCUCCAAUUCCCAACGUCCUCGUAGUCUGCGAGGGAGAGGUAGAGCAAGGACCAGAUCUUCUAGAGACACGACCCGUUGCAAAGUCGGCCGAGUACUAACCUAUCCAUGUUAUUUUCUGGUCCUCCUCGUCCAGGACCUCUUUCCGGACUUCUCCGUCCGUGCCGCCCAAAUUCCAUCACUGGCGAGAGCACCUGCCGCCACCUGGCCUUCGCCUCGCGCCCUCAAACGUGACGGAGCCCCAGCGCAAUCCUCAAGCCUCGGGUCACGAGCUUGUUUUUCCGGACAAUCAUGUCGAGCAAUGAGCGCUCGCAGAUACCGAUUGAAUCGAACGGAACCCAGACGCCUUUCCAUACCUUUGCUUAUCACACAAUGCAACCCAACGAUCGGAAUCCCCAUCUCCAAAAAAAAAGUCAGUGCCCCACUUAUCUCGAGUACCCUCCAGAGCUCGACCGAUCUCUUCUGAGAGAUAUUAAGCUUCCUGCCCAUGCGUCGUGUUACACUGUUGCACAACUAGAUAACCCAUACAUAGCACCUUCUCUAUCCCGAGAAGCGCGCUCUGACUACGCCCUACCGUUCCAGCACGAGCUGUUGCUGUUAUCUCCGUCGAGAUUGCAGACACCGAGGAAUGAGAGAGAUAUGCUCACUAACGAAUACUUCCGCUGAGCGCUGAGUCAAGCUCAACCCCUGCAUCUGCACUGGUGAUUUUGUAUCGAUC